AUGCCGCAGGAUUUCCACGAGCACCUCCAUGCAAGCCUCCUAAAGAAUAUCAUGCGGAGUGGACCCGUGCUGCGCGGCAUGCCAGUCUAUGACCGAACAUUCGACGCGGUCCGGUCGGGCAGGAACCUUUUCAUGAAGUCGGCACUCCCAGCCCGAUCGCUGCAAUACCUAUUACCUGUCAUCCAAACCAUCCUCGAUUUCGGGGUCUGGAGGCGCAGGCGCAAGGUCAAGGCCGAUGAUCAGCUGCCGUUCCGUCCUUCAACACUACUGGUCCUAUGCCCCACUCUAGGAGGCGCCCAACACGUGCUGACGAUGGGCACAAGGCUCAUAGGAGGCCACGAUGCUGGAGUGGACAUGAUGGUUUUGAGUGACCCUACUGCCAAGCAAAUGAAUGCGUUUAGGAUCCGAGGACCCAACAUUCUCAUGUCCACGCCGGAAUGCAUACUCCAAUGGCUUGCGCUGCCCCAUGCCAAGAUACCCCUAAACGAAGCGCUGCAGGACGUGCAAACGCUUGUCAUCGAUGGCCUAGCAUCUUCUCUACGACAGGAGGAAUUCCUCGAGUUGCUCAAGGAAGUCAUGAAAGAUCUUCCCUUGCACAAGAAGACUCAGCGCGUGAUCAUUUCUGACGACCAUGAUCCGCAGCUUGACGAGCGUCUGACAAGCCUGGUCCUGCACGGUGGUAACGAGCUCGUCCAAGAGCCGCGGCUGGAAGAGAUCAUGGAGAUGAAACGAGCGCAAGACAAGAAGAGGCAGCAGAGGGAAAAGUCCCGACGAGGAGCCAAGAGAGGGAAGGGAAGACGGUCGCGUCCCAAGAAGCGGGGUGUCGGAAAAGCCAAUGAGAGGUUCUAG